CAUUCCUGACGCUCACAGGAAGAAUGCACGCAUGCUCCUAUGGCACACACGGGGGUGACCCCAUGGCACAGCCCCAGUGCCCCCUGUACCCUGCUGAGGCCGUGCCACCCCCGCGCCCCGCAGCAGAUGUGCCUGGAGCACCGUGUGACUCAUGCCCAGGCAGGGAGCGGCGAGCCCUGCAUCUCUUCCCCCACCCACACAACAAAGGGGUUGUGCAACCGCAUGGCACCGCCGAGCCGCAGCCAGGUGCUGGAGAGCGGGGGUUGGGGGUGGCACUCUGUGCACCCAAAGCAUUGUUGGAAUGCGUUGCCUGGGUGUCCCGAGGUGCCACCUCGCAGAAGGGAAGGGGGACCUUGGUGCCCAAACCUGGGUGUGUGAGCAUGGAUAUGAGGUAGGGCGUUGGUGGUCCCCAGGGGGAACGGUGGGUGCAGAGGCUGUUGGGUGCAUCUCACUGCAUUUCCCUGGUUUAAGGUGACCUGCAACUGAGGCACAGCCCAGCCCGUGUGGAACCACCCCUCCCCCUUUCUCCCCCCCCUUCCCAGCCCGGAUCUGCGUGGGUGUUUGCAAUGGGAUACACACCGAUGGCGCAGAUAACCCCCUGCACGCAAUGGCCAUGUUAAGGUCAUGGGCCCUUAGCACAAUGCCUCUCACCUCUGGGGGCAUCGGGGCAGUGGGGUGGGCACUACUGGGGGCCAGGUGGAGGUGUGAUGAGUGCUGCUCGGUCUCUGUGCAUCCUGGGGGGCAAUGCAGUGCCCCAGGGGAUGGGGAAGGGUUAAGCAGUGCAGGACCCCGAGGCAGCUGCUCCCUUCCUUGUUCCUCCUUGGCGGCAGGCCCAUGGGUUCUGGGGGUUAUCGUCUACCUGGCCAAGCGUGGCUGGGACCUGGCAGCAAAUAAGGUGGGGUGGAUGUGGGGUUUUGGCAAGCACCCCCAGCAGUAUUGGGGACCUGAGCCCCCUUUGCCAUCCUGUGGCCUUUUGCAGGCCAUUGAGUGGUUUCAAGAGGUGAUCAACUCUAAGUGUAUCUUAACCUUCAGGUGUCAGCUGUGGCUUCACCGUAUAUAGGGUCUUAAAACCUCCUCAUGGCUAAAGCAAGGGCUAAAAGGAUGACCCCAGCCACCAGCACAUCCUCGGGGCUGGGGCACAGCUGUCUCUAUGGGCUUGGGGAGCUGUUGGUGGCAUGUGGCAUCCCCACAUGGCAGUGGCAGCUGGAGGAGUGGCACAGGGCAGUGCUCAGCGGAGGAGACGCCUCAUUGCAUCACUGGCCCUCGGACAGCGAGGAGGUGCCAGCGGUGCCGGGAGCCUUUGUGCCCACACCAUGGGGCAGCUGCUGUGGAGCUGGGUGCUGUGGGGACUCUGGGUGCUGCCAGGUGAGUGCCGGGGUCGUCUGCGUCACCGGGGCAGCCGGGCACACCAUGGUGCCAAGGAGGCACGGGGAUUUGUCCUGCAACAGCCUGCAUGGUGGGGAGGAGAGAUUGGCACCCAAUGGAUUGUAGUGGGAAGCAAAGGGCUUGUUUCUCAGCCUGCCCUUGCUCACACCCAAGCCCCACCAGGGAAUGCGGGAGCAGCAGGCAUGGGGCCCCUUGUCCCAGCACAGGACCCAGCAGAGCCGGUUGGCGGCUCCUACGUGCCUGACAGCAUCAGUGCCGAACAACAUCAGGAUAUUUCACCCACUGUGGCCGAGCUGGGCAUGUGCCAGCUGUCCCCUGACCGAACAGAGCAGCCUUCUGUCCUCAGGGAUGGUUCAGGCAAUGCAGUGCCGCAAGUGGUGCUGGCAGCACUGGACCCCAUGAGUCCCAGCAAGGAGCAGGAGAUGCCUUCUAGUGCAGCAGUCUCUGGGGGGAUGGCAGAAUCGGACAGUCCCCAGGCAGGGCUUGCUUAUCCAAAACAAACCGGCUGGCUGACCAGUGUCCCCAUCGCUCCUGGCCCCACUCAGAUCACAUCCCCAGUGCCUACAGGGCACACAAUGGCUGUUACCCAUGGGAACAGGGAUACAGAGACAGCCACAGCCAGGCUGUCCCCAGCUCCACGUGUACCCUCAGAGAAGGGGACAGGCACUUCAGUGCCAUUGGGCAGAAGCACUGCCCCCACAAUGUCUGUGGGGUCAUCCAAAGCUCUGCAGAGUGCUGCUGGGCAGCCCGCAACAGGAAGAGCUGUGCCUUUGCAAGAGAUGACAGUGACUGAGGAACAUAUGCGUGCCACCAGCAUGCAAACAGGUGACGUCCCAAUGCCCAGUGGAGGUUUGUCUCCUGCAGUGGUCCGUGUCCCUGCAGUUCCUCCGGUGCUGGGAACAGAAGCACCUUCCUCUUCCACCAGCACAGCAACUGAUGAUGAUGCAUUGGUGCAGCCUCACCGUGUUGGCACCGCAGAAGGGACACCGGGAACAGCACAGACCGUGGUGCUGUCUGAUGUCCAACUCAGCACAGGGACAUCACCCCACUCCCUCACCUGGAGCCCAGCUGAGCUGCACACAGCCACUGUGCGCCUGUCCCAGGAGGUGACACCAGGGCUGGACGAGGCCACCUCUCCUCUUGUCACAGCAGCCAGCAUCACUGCAGGGAACACCAAGCCUGCAUCAACCACGUCUGACCGUGUCACAUCCGUGGUGCUGUCUGAUGUCCAACUCAGCACAGGGACAUCACCCCACUCCCUCACCUGGAGCCCAGCUGAGCUGCACACAGCCACUGUGCGCCUGUCCCAGGAGGUGACACCAGGGCUGGACGAGGCCACCUCUCCUCUUGUCACAGCAGCCAGUAUGACUGCGGGGAGUACUGAGCCUGCAUCAAACUCGUCUGACCGUGUCACAUCUCCCACUGUGCCAGCAACCACAGGGUCUCCCCAUCGUGUUGGAAUACAGAAAUCAGGGACCAUGAUCCUCCCAGGCACAGCCCCAGCAACAAUCACUCCUUCUCCUGCCAUUGACGGUGUCAGUGAGGCCACAGCCCCAGGGCUGCCAGCCCCCGGAACAUCUGGAGAUGGACUGCACAGAGACACAGCCAUCACCCAUGCCGGUGUCACCUCUCAGCUCCAUGCCACCACCGCAGCAGCUCAGGGCACGUCAGCCACGGCCAUGGAUGUCAGCACUGCUCCGCAUGUAUCCACCGCCCCGUAUGCAGCCCUGGGCAGUGCUGAGAUGAUGUCCAUCACCACUGCUGAAGCCACCACAGGCACUGCUGCCCUGCAGACCGAGGACACCCCAAAAGGACUGGGUAUGGGGACAGUUGCCAGUGUGGUUAUUGCUGUGUCGCUCUCAGAUGGUGUCCUUGGAGGAGGGUACAGCACCAGGACCCGGGCAGUGAGAGGUGCCUCUGCUGCCAACCCCAGUGGCAGCAUAUUUGGAAGGGCAGCAGGGACAGUGACUGCAGUGUAUGGUGGCAACCCAUAUGGACCAGACACAGCCAUGAUGUCUCCAACUCCACGUGACCCCACUGAGAAGGGGACAGGCACCUCAGUGCCACUGCGCAGCAGCACCCCUCCCACGAAGUCUGUGGGACAACAUAAUGCUCAGCAGAUCUCCAGUGAAAAGCCAACCCUGGGAACAGCCAUCCCUCUGCAAGAGAUAACAGUGACUGAGGCACAUGUGGGUGCCACCAGCAUGCUGACAGGUGACGUCCCAAUGCCCAGUGCAGGUUUGUCUCCUGCAGUGAUCCAUGUCCGCGCAGUUCCUCCGGUGCUGGGAACAGAAGCACCUUCCUCAGCCACCAGCACAGCAGCUGAUGAUGAUGCAUUGGUGCAGCCUCACCGUGUUGGCACCGCAGAAGGGACACCGGGGACAGCACAGACCGUGGUGCUGUCUGAUGUCCAACACAGCACAGGGACAUCACCCCACUCCCUCACCUGGAGUGAGCUGCACACAGCCACUGUGCGCCUGUCCCAGGAGGUGACACCAGGGCUGGACGAGGCCACCUCUCCUCCUGUCACAGCAGCCAUCACUGCGGGGAGCACUGAGCCUGCAUCAACCUCGUCUGACCGUGUCACAUCUCCCACUGUGCCAGCAGCCACAGGUGCUGAAGCCACCACAGGCACUGCUGCCCUGCAGAUUGAGGACACCCCAAAAGGGCUGGGUAUGGGGACAAUCACCGGUGUGGGUGCUGCUGUGUCGCUCUCAGAUGGUGUCCCUGAAGGAGGGAAUAGCACCAGGACCUGGGCAGUGAGAGGUGCCUCUGCUGCCAACCCCAGUGGCAGCAUAUUUGGAAGGGCAGCGGGGACAGUGACUGCAGUGUAUGGUGGCGACCCAUAUGGACCAGACACAACAAUGAAGUCUCCAACUCUACGUGACCCCAUGGAGAAGGUGACAGGCACCUCAGUGCCACUGCACAGCGGCACCACUCCCACAAAAUCUGUGGAAGACCACAGUGCUCAGCAGAUCUCCAGUGAAAAGCCAACCCUGGGAACAGCCAUCCCUCUGCAAGAGAUAACAGUGACUGAGGCACAUGUGGGUGCCACCAGCAUGCAGACAGGUGACAUCCCAAUACCCACUGCAGGUUUGUCUCCUGCAGUGAUCCAUGUCCCCACAGUUCCUCCGGUGCUGGGAACAGAUGCACCUUCCUCAGCCACCAGCACAGCAGCUGAUGAUGAUGCACUGGUGCAGCCUCACCGUGUUGGCACCACAGAAGGGACACCGGGGAGAGCACAGACCGUGGUGCUGUCUGAUGUCCAACACAGCACAGGGACAUCACCCCACUCCCUCACCUGGAGCCCAGCUGAGCUGCACAGAGCCGCUGUGCGCCUGUCCCAGGAGGUGACACCAGGGCUGGACGAGGCCACCUCUCCUCUUGUCACAGCAGCCAGCAUCACUGCGGGGAACACCGAGCCUGCAUCAACCACGUCUGACCGUGUCACAUCUCCCACUGUGCCAGCAGCCACAGGGUCUCCCCAUCGUGUUGGAAUACAGAAAUCAGGGACCAUGAUCCUCCCAGCCGCAGCCUCAGCAACAAUCACUCCUUCUCCUGCCAUUGACGGUGUCAGUAAGGCCACAGCCCCAGGGCUGCCAGCCCCCGGAAUGUCUGGAGAUGGACUGCACAGAGACACAGCCAUCACCCAUGCCGGUGUCACCUCUCAGCUCCAUGCCACCACCGCAGCAGCUCAGGGCACAUCAGCCACGGCCAUGGAUGUCAGCACUGCACCGCAUGUACUCACCACCCCACUUAUAGCCCCAGGCAGUGCCCAGCAUGUUUCCAUCACUGCUGAAGCCUCCACAGGCAAUGGUGUCCUGCAGACUGAGGGCGCUCCGAUGGAGCUGGACAUGGGCAGUGUCCCCAGCACUGUUCCUGCUGUGGCACUCCCCAGUGGCAGCACAGUUGGGCAAAUGAUGGGGUCAGUGGCCCUGGGAUUGGGCAGCCGCGCACAGGCAGUAGCAGGCUCAAUCCCAGUUGAAAACCCCACAGUGGGUAUCCUUGCCCCCAGAUCGAAUACUGAGAGCACUUCUGUGGUCUCAGCACUCCCAGCACCACAUCCUUCCAGUGCCAGUACCACUUCUCAGCUGGGCACAACCACGUCGAACCACAGCCACAGUGCUGCUUGGGUAACAGUGGACGUGGACACCUCCUCAGCCACUACCCCUGUGGCCAGAAGUGCUGAGCUGGGUGUCAGAAGGGCCACCCCAGUGUCACCAUCUGCAGUGAGCAGCCAAAGUUCUCCCACAUCCCUGGCAUCAGUCACAGCACUGUCCCCUGCUGAGCAAGAUGUGAGCGUGUCCCCUUCUGUUUUCCAGAACAGCAGUCUGACAGUAGUGGCAUCCUCUGUCACAUCAACUGUGGUGGCAUCCAUCACACCCAGUGUCAGUGCCAGUGGUCCAGCAGUGAGAACAAGAGAUGCCUCUCUCAGUAUGGUCACAACACCCUCCUCUGCUGUCCCCAGCAGCUCUUUGGGGCCACACAGCCCCCGUGUCACCCCAGGGACACCCAUCAAGGCCACCAGCAUUCUCCGUGACCCAGCCUUGAAUGAUUCCAGCACACACACAUGGGAAGCCACAGCCAUGUCCUGGAAGGACACCAUCCCCUCCAGCGAUGCCACAGCACCAGCUAGCUCACCCAGCAUUGACACCUCCAUGGUGAUUAGGCACACCACAGUGUCACCUCCUACGGCAAUGGCCAGCAGUGGUGCCCAGUCCCCCUCUGCCACGCAAGAUGUCCCCACUGCCCUGAGAGUGACAAACCACAAGGCCACCUCUGCAUCUGCUGCCAUGUCCAGCCCUGCCGAGGGCAUACCAGCAGCCAGCAGCCCCACCAGAGCAGCUCCAGACUUAGGGGCACAGAGUGGACCGAUCACAGCACCAGGGGCACCCGCUUAUGCCACCCCCCAGAAUCCCAUGUCCAAGCCUGGCACUGAGCUCGUCCCAGCAGUGUCACUGUACCCAUUUGGCGCAGCGGAAGGAGACACAGAGUGCAUCCAGAGAACAGUGGAUUUUAACUCCCCACUGCUGAAGCCCGAGAUUGGGUUCCCCUUGGGGAAGGCACUGCGGGACACCCUCUAUUUUACAGACAAUGGACAAAUCAUUUUCCCUCCCACGGACAGCCACGUUCCCUCCAGCCCCCACCCCCCUUCCCAGGGCUUCAGUGGCCACGAGGCUUUACCCAUGGUGGCCGCCUUUUGGGAUGAUGCGGAUUUCUCUCGUGGUGUUGGUACCACCUGGUACCAGGAGUACCCCACUUUUGGCUCCAUCCGAGAUCCUAUUAUCCGUGAUGUGGAAGCAAAGAUUCAGAAAUACAUGGGGGUGCCAUACUCUGCUAAAUGGACUCUGAAGGUGACAUGGGAGAAGGCUCCGCCAUACCCGUCCCAGCUGGAUGAUGCACAGACCAACACAUACCAGGCAGUGCUCUCCACUGAUGGGAGCCGCUCCUUCGCCUUGCUGCUGUACCAGGAUGGUGGCAUGCGGUGGGACUACACUGGGCUGGCAGACAAGGAUGUGCUCAUCGGCUUUUCCAGUGGUGAUGGCUAUGCCCAGAACAGUGAGCUGACUGAAGAGCCACCAGCUAUUAGGUACCGUCCAGACCAGCACCGCAGCUCCGGCACUGAUGUGCGUGGGCUGUGGCUGUUCCGGCUGGACAACCGCAGCCGGGUGAACUACAGGCUGCAGUGCCUGACGUGGCUGCAGGCACAGCCACCACCAUCCACCUGGAGCAUGGAGCUGCCGCCCUGCCCCUGCUCACGGCCCCAGGCAGAGCUGGACCCCCGAUACCGCCGGAGCAGAAGUGCUGAGUCCCCUCCUGCACCUGGGGUGGCCACUACACCCCAAAAUACUUCAGAUCUCUUUGUGACGGUGCUGCGCACCACAUCCCCCAGCCGGAUGGGAGCUGGGGUGCGGUGUGUGUACCGUGGCACAGGGUUUUUGGAAGGAUGGCAGGAGAGAUUCUGGAGCCCACCCAACAACCCUUCAGACAAUGGGGAGCUGGAGGCAUUUGAAUGGUGCUGCCGGCACGUGGGGAAGCCUCAUUUCUGCACCAGGUACAGCGAGAAGAGACCAAGAGCUGGCUGUGACGGAUAUGUGCCACCCACCCCUGCCAAUGCCUUUGGGGACCCCCACAUCACUACCCUGGAUGGCCUCACCUACACCUUCAAUGCACUCGGGGACUUCAUGCUGCUGCUGGCCAGUGAUGCCCACACCAGCUUUGUGCUGCAAGGGCGCAUGGCCCGCACCAGCACAGCCCGGGCCACAAACUUCAUGGCCUUCGUUGCCCAGUACACCUCCAGCACCACCACAACAGUUGAGUGGACCUUGGGGAGCCGUAAUGAGGUCCAAGUUCUACUGAACCAUGAAACCAUCCAGUUUUCCUACUCCCAAGACAUGGAUGCUGAGGUGUACUACAGCCCCGGUGUCCUGCUGGUCAACACUUCCUCCAUCACGGCCAUCUUUGAUGGGACCAUCUCCAUCUCCGUCUCAGCCAGCUCUGGGAUGCUCAGUGUGGUAUGCAGCCUGCUGGAGCAGUACCACAAUGGCACCAAGGGCCUGCUGGGUGUAUGGAACCACAACCCAGCAGAUGACUUCCAGAUGCCAAAUGGAACUAACAUCCCUGUAAACAGCAGUGAGGAAGAUAUCUUCAGCUAUGGGAUGACCUGGGCUGUUGGAGAAUACAGCCUGUUUGCCCAACCCCUGGCUGCACCAGUAAGAACCUUCAACCCCAUCUUCUUGUCUCAGCUGCGACAGGAGAACAAAACCCAAUAUCAGCUGGCAGCCUCGCAGUGCCACGGUUGCAGGGAGUGCAUCUAUGACAUGCUGAGCACAGGGGAUGUGGCCCUGGGUCUGGCCACCCAGAGCCUAGUGGAGGACUACCAGAAGAGAAAGGCAGCACUCGAUUCCUUCCCUCCCAUCAUCACCGGCAGCCCAUUGCUCACAGCAUUCAGGACAGAACAAAUCACCAGGCAAUACCGAGCUACAGGGCCGGGUGUACGCUUUGUCCCUCACGUCUCACCAGAGCUCAACAUAUCAGAGGACGGCAUGCUGACAUGGGAGCCCCGUGGGACAGCCCCACUCAGCAUCACCCUGCAGGCUGUCAGCCCACACCUCCCCCCAGCCCUCCUGCAGCUCAGCUUCACCCUGUGCAGCUGCCGCAAAAUCCAGCAGUGUGACUACAGCAGCACGACCACCAUUGCCAGCUCCUCCUUGCAGCUGGCAGCCUGCAGGUGUGACGAUGGAUACUGGGGCCCCUUCUGCCAGCAUGCACCAGACCCCUGUGCCCAGGGCUGCUUCCCUGGGGUGAGCUGUGACCCGCACAUGGGCUGUGGUCCCUGCCCACCUGGACUGACUGGCGAUGGGCAGCACUGUGCAGAUAUCGAUGAGUGUGUGCAGAAGACGACGUGCCAGGGGAACCUCACCUGCACCAACACUGUGGGCAGCUAUACCUGUUCCUGCCCCAGCAAUGCAACGGGGGAGGGUCUGGGAUGUGGCACUGCCUGCAGGUCCCACUCCUGCCCUGAGGGCUUCUGCAGCAAUGGAGGACGCUGCCGCCUGCACCCCCCCUCCUGUACACCCACCUGUGAGUGUCCCCCAGCAUUUACCGACCGGCACUGCGUGGUGGCAGGAGGGGACUUUCGGCCCCUGGCCAGCACAGGCACUGCUGCUGUUUUGUCCCCAGAUCUGCCCCAGAGGAGCGUGCUGCUGUGGGUCAGGGCAAUGCAAAGUGCCACAGCUGAGGAAAUCAAUGCCACUGUCUCAGCCAUCCUGGGCUCUCUGGAGGUGAAGGCAUUUUGGAGCAACACCAACAUCACCCGCAUCAGGACAGCUGACGGCCUCACCUUUGCUGUGGUGGCCAAAUUUACCUACAACAGCAGCAGCUUUGUCAUCCAGUUCCUGAAUGAGGAGCUGGCAGCAGCCAUUACCACUGCUUUCAAUGGGCAGAGGGCACGGCGGGAGGUGGGUGCACAUCUCCUCUUUGCAAGCCUACACCUGGACAACAUCACGGACCUGGUGAAGUUAUCAGUGCCUGAGCUGCAGCACUACUUCUCCUGCACGCUAUAUGGCUAUGAGGGUUACCAGCUCGACUAUGUGGGGACAAGCGGACUGACCUGCAUCUCCCCCUGCAAGAAGGGCUACUGCCAGCACGGUGGCCACUGCCAACACCUGCCUGAGGGUCCCACAUGCAGCUGCGUGCCCUUCUCCAUCUUCUCCCCGGGCGGUGCCCACUGCGAGCAGCUCGCUGUCAGCCUCGCCGCCUUCAUCAGCAUCAUGGUGGGGGCCCUGGCACUGCUCUGCCUCCUGCUCUCCACUGCCUUUCUGGCUGCACAGCUCUGCCGUCGGCGUCGGGAGCCCCAGGGGACCAAGGGGACCUUCUGGAGAGAGCGGCCGUUCUCCUCCCUGAUGAAGGCAGAAGAGGGGGCAGAGGCCUCAGGAAGGCUCUGGGAACCUCAGCUCCAGGCCAUUGAUCCAUCCAUCCAGAUGAGGUUCAAGAGACCCCACGUCCUGCCUCCAAGCCAAGGCACUGCGCAGCCCUAACAUGCUCUGCAGGGCUCCGGCCAUGGGAAGGGGAUGGAACAUACAGGGCUGUGGGACAUGGCUGUGCCAUGAGGACAUGGGUCACCAAAGCAACGGGACCUUUUGCUGAGGACCUGAAGAAGUGAUUGGGGUCAUCCAUAGGAGUGUCUACCGCGGGGUGUGCCCCAGCAUGGUGCAACCAGACCCAGCAAUCA